UAAUUAGCCUGUCUGAAAAAAGCUCAAAUAAUUGCCCUCUCCCUUUUACUUACCCUCUCCAGCGUGAGGUUGAAACAAUAAUUACCCUGGGUAAUUAUUUUAACAAAUACGAAGAUAUUGGAGAUUUUGUCUUAUAAUAUGUGACAGAUGUUAGGCUAGCCAAUUUUUAGGCACACAGAUCAUCUAUCAAGUGGCUAACUAAAUUUUAGAUGAUACGUGUCUUAAACGGUGGUGUGUGGCUUAUUAUCGAUAAUUUCAUUCCUGCAAAUGUAGUCGAAAAUAUCAAAGAUAAGGCACAGUUUGAUGACAAUGAACAUCAAUGGAUUAUUAGAGAAGGCCCCUCUAAUCAACAAAAUUUUUUGUUGGAACGUCGCCGCUCUAUUCUUGUCGAAAACGAAGGUGGAGGGUUGGAAAGGCUAAAUCUUAAUAAUAGUCCUCAACAAAAUUUCAAUUCUCAUUUGAGAACAACUAUGGCUGAUUCUGGAUUGGGAAGUAGCAAUGGUUGUUCAUCAACUCAAGGGCCAUCCGAUGCUAGUUCUCAGGAGGACGGGGGAGUAAAUUCAAAUGAUGUUGUAGAUUUUGCCGAGCAAAGUACUUCUCAACACGAGAAUGCAUUUAUUUCCCCUGCAAGAUUAUUGAAAAGACCGGUAGAUUUUUUAAGAGGAUUAUUCGAAUUGUGUUUUAGAUGGCAUUCUCUGGAACAACCCGCCCUAUUUCCAAUUGGGAAAUGGUACUUCUUGGCAAACUUAAAAAUCAACUAA